CAAAUUCAACACCCAAUUAGUUGAAUACAAAUAGUUCUCUAAUGAGGAGGAACAAGUAAUUGUGGUGGGUUUCAGUUAGUGACUUUGUUGUUUCCCAGAUGAAAGAUGCCGAGAAAGAGACGCUCCACAGACUCGGACUCUGACGACGAAUUCGACGACUCGAAACGACCGCAGCGGAACGCCGCCAACGAGCGAGAGAGGGCGCGCAUGAGGGUGCUUAGCAAGGCCUUCUGUCGCCUGAAGACGACCCUGCCCUGGGUGCCGGCGGACACGAAACUCUCCAAGCUGGACACCCUGCGGCUGGCCACCAGCUACAUCGCCCAUCUCAGGGCCGUACUCAUGGACGAGCCCGUUGCGAACGACCCCUUUCACAAGCACCCUCUGACUUUGACAUGGCCGUUCAGCUUCCAGCGGCCCGAUUCUUCCACAGAUGCGGCCCAAGAAAUGAAAGAUCACCACCAUUGGGGCGAUGUUCCUAUCCAAACCGCUGUCGUCAGGGAUAGAGACGUAUCAUAUUACUACUAAUUCGUGUGUGAUUUAUUUCUGGGGCAUAUGCGAGAGGAAUUCGAUACAGAGUGGGCCACAGGUGACUGAAAGGAAAUUUGUACAGAAGUGUUUCCAAAGUGUCUUUAACAAAAUGUUUCUAUCUCCCGAUAUUUACCUGGGAAAAUCUGUUAAUUGCAAGCGUUUCCAAUCACUAUGCGGUUUUUUGUUAGACGAUAGAAAUAUUUGUGUUCUCUGGCUCACCCUGUAUAACCAUUUUGAUGAAUUAUGAUACAUACUUAUGACUGUCUUCUGUGUCAAGGGGCUUGUAGCAAUAUUUUAUUCUAGGUUAUUUAUUUUUAUAGUUUUAGGAAAGUGAGAAAGGUGGAUUAAAUUGUCUAUUUGAAUUA